AUGGCAAUCGCACCCCUCGGCUUCACGCUCUCCGAUAUCAACGCAAUUGAUCCUCUAGUACUCUUCAGCACAGAGCUCUCUUCCUCUCUAGCAGCUGCGCAGAUUCCCCUUUACGUACCGUUCGAUAUGCCAGUGUUGCUCCAACACAACGAUCGCGAUGAGAUGGAGUACCUGGAGCUCUUUCCACAGGAUUCAUUGGCGUGGAACGUCGCUUUGAAUAACACUGAUCAGCAUCUGGACCACUACUGGAAGUUCUUCCAUCCCUCUUAUCCGGUUCUGCAUCCACCAACUUUCAAUACUGUCGAUGCUCCGCCUCUUCUCAAAGCGUCGAUGAUGAUCAUUGGAGCUCUGUACGAAAAUCAAUCUUCGGCCAAGUCAGAGGCAAGACUUCUGCACGAGAGGUGCCUGAAGCUUGUUGCAAAGCGCUACAACGAUAUACAACAUACAUCACCGCAACCUCGCUUGUGCGACCAGCAAGCUCUAUUCCUCCUUGAGUUCUACUCGCAGUUCAAGAGCAGACGACUUUCGCCAAUGGCCGCCCGGGGACUGAGCAAUGCAUUUGAGAUAAUGUUUCGUCAGCUUCUGCAAGACGGUGAAGCUAUGCCGACUGGAGGCUUUCACAAUCCAACCGAGCUAGAACCGGGCGGUGAUUAUGAGGCGACGUGUCGGCAAUGGGCUGAAUGGAUUCGCCUCUCAUCGAAAAAACGACUACUCGUGGCAACAAGUAUCCUUCGCGCACAGAAAGCUAGUCUCCUUGGCCGCGCCGAGGGGCGACCUAUGUUUCAGGCUACCGAUCUGCCCUUUCCAUGCUCCGCACCUCUAUGGGACGCUCCGUCCGCCGCGGAUUGGGUGGACCUCAUGCAGCUGAACUCCUCAUCCCCACGCUGUAUAUCCGAAGUCUUGGAAGACAACAGUAUCCAGCGUUCGGUUCCUUGCGACCUAUUCCAAUCCGCCGUACUUAUCGCUGGCUGCUAUAACGUUGAUGUCCACAACGAUUUCCUCUCUAUAUGUGACAGCGAUUCCUUUGAGCAAGGACUUGAUCAGAGCUAUGGGAGCCAGACGCACUAUCACGCCACGCUUCUAUCACAGAAUGCACCUGUUCGCGCACUUCUCGCCGUGAGCGGCGAAUCCUGGAUCCUGAACGAGAACCUCGAACCGGAAUCCUUUGCAGCCGAGAAGAAAAACUUGCGCAUUUGGCUAGAUGAAAGCUGGGCACUCGAAGCUUACGAACGCAAGGUUCCAGUGAUGAAAGCCAUUAAGCAAUCCAUUCACGUCUUGCGCCUGUGUGUCGAUGCCUCCGGAGAGAAGCCAUCUGCUUUGCCGCUGCACUGGGAGAUGAUGGCUCAUAUCUCCGUCCUCGUCCUCUGGGCCGUCGCACACCGGGUUUCCGAAAUCCGUAAGCAGCUCGUUCCCGCGUCGAGCCUCAACACGGUAUUCCCGUCUCCAGGCUCCGCGCACCACUCGAUCACACCGCUAUCGGCCGAUUCACCGGACCACAUGCAGAAAGUCAGGGACUUCCUUGCGUUUGCAGACGAAGCUACGAAUGUGUCAGACUUGAGGGCGCAGUGGUAUAGCGGCAGCGUACCGCUUGCGCAAUGGCGGCUGGGCGUUACGGCCAUGCUUCAGUGGGUCAGCAUGAGGCUUGAGAACGCGAAUCCGGAUCAGAGAUCAAGGAGUGACGUGCUAUCCGCAGCGAUAAACUCUCUGAGCCGGUUGUGUGAACGAGGAUGGGAGCCGGGUUGGUUUUGA